AUGUCUUUCGCUGGCUACUCUUCCACUAUCUCGAGCCUUUCAGAGGAAGAUCUUUCAGUGAAACGGUCGAGUCUCCUUAUGCGAUACGCGGAGGAUGAACUCAGUCAGCAUCUUGCAUCUGCACAACACGAAGAGGCUCUUAUACGAAAAUGGACGACAGCCCUGCAAGCGCAGCCGUGUUCCGAGUCAGACGUUCCUGCUAUGGAGAGGCGCAGAACUGCUGUUCGCGCAAAAGCAAAGGAGUACCAUGAGGAACUGAACACACUACUGGAUAAAAUGCCUGAAGACCCGCCCAUUACGGUGUCGCAGCUCGCGGCAAGUCAUAAACAGCUCAGGGAGAAAGAGAAGAUCCUUGCAGAGAAGCGUGCAAGGGUCGCUGCGUUCCAAGGGCUUCCACCGAACAUUGACGUAGCGCGUCAUCAAUUGAGCCACGCACAAGACGAACACAUGAAGCUGAUCCAGCUUCGGGAAAGGCUUCUCGACAGGAUGGCGAGCGGCGUCGCGUGA